AUGUUUAAACCAUGGAAAAAAUCAAAGGCUUCUGCUCCAAAAAAGCCAGUAGUUACACUUGCUGAUCUUCCAACAUGGGAUGUUCAAGGUUCCAAGCUCGAUGCUAAACAAAUACCAUCCUGUGUACCAAAAUACGCACCAAACACGGAAAUUAACAAAAAGAUUUCUUUUUGGAUGGGUGGAGAUAGCACAAAAUUAAAAUGUGAUGCUAUUGUUAAUGCUGCAAACUCUUAUCUUGCAGCAGGUGGCGGUAUCUGUGGGGCCAUCUUUAGUGCAGCUGGAUAUGAAGAAUUACAGAAAGCUUGCGAUGAACAAGGAUAUACAGAGACUGGUGGGGCUAAGAUGACUCCAGGUUUCAGACUUCCUUCAAAAUACGUAAUUCAUGCUGUAGGACCAGUUGGCGUUCACCCAGAGGCUCUUAGAUCUGCAUACAAUUUAACACUUGGCUUCAUGGAUAAUGAUAAAGUUAAAAGUAUUGCAUUUUGCUGCAUUUCUACAGGCAUUUACGGCUACUCCAUCGAAAAAGCCACACCAGUUGCCUUAGAUACUGUUCGCAAAUGGCUUGAAGUCCCAGAGAACUUAGCUAAAACAGAUAGAUUAGUUUUUGUUGUUUUCAUGCCAAAAGAUCAACAAGUUUAUUCACAUUUUGCCCACGUUUACUUCCCACUCGAAGGUGUUGAAUACAAGAAAUCUACUAAGGAAGAAGAAACAGAAGAAGAAGAAAAACAGAAAGAAGAAGAUGUUGUAAUUACAAAGAAACAUCAUGAAAGUAAGGAACAUCAUUCAGAAGAAGAGAAAGAAGAACCAGUUGCUAAAGAAGAAGCCGAAAAAUCAGCUGAAGAUAAGAAAAAAGAAAUUCCAGAAGUAAAAGAAGAAAAACCAGCUGAGGAGAAGAAAGAAGAAAAUGCUGAAGCAAAAGAAGAAAAACAAGCUGAAGAUAAGAAAGAAUAA